CUGCUCUGUCCCCACCGUGUGUGGCCCCUUGCACCCUGUAUCCCUCCCUAGUGCAGGGACGGUGACCAAGGGGUCUGGGAGAAGGAGAGGGCAAGGAUAAAGGGGUGUCCCCAGCGAUGCCGCCCCAUGGAGGGGUGUUUGUGGGUCUCUGGCUGCUGCUGGCCCCCAGUCUCGCCGAGCACCCCCCCAGCUCGGGCUGGGCCACCUUAGCCUUCGUGUUCGAUGUCACCGGCUCCAUGUACGACGACCUGGUGCAGGUGAUGGACGGGGCCUCGCGCAUCCUGGAGCGGACGCUCAGCAGGAGCACGAAGCCCAUCAGCAACUACGUGCUGGUCCCAUUCCAUGACCCAGAGGUGGGACCCGUCACCCUCACCACGGACCCUCGGCUCUUCCAGCGGCGCCUGCGGGAGCUCCACGUCCAGGGUGGAGGGGACUGCCCGGAGAUGAGUGUAGGAGCCAUCAGGACGGCUGUGGAGGUCUCACACCCCGGCUCCUUUGUCUACGUCUUCUCCGAUGCUCGGGCCAAGGACUAUGAGCAGCAGGAGGAGCUGCUGCAGCUGCUGCAGCACAAGCAGACCCAGGUGGUGUUUGUGCUGACGGGGGACUGCGGGGACAGGAGCCACCCCGGGUACCGCGUGUACGAGCGCAUCGCUACCACCAGCUCGGGGCAGAUCUUCCACCUGGACAAGCAGCAGGUCACAGAGGUGCUCAAGUGGGUGGAAGAAGCCAUCCAAGCCUCCAAGGUCCAUCUGCUGUCCACGGACCAUGAGGGUGGUGGGCAGCACACAUGGCCUGUCCCCUUUGACCCAAGCCUGAAGGAGGUCACCAUCUCCCUGAGUGGUCCUGCCCCAGGGAUCGAGGUCCGGGAUCCAGCAGGAAAGAUCCUUGAGAAAGGCCAAGGUCUGAAGGAAUUGCUCAGCAUCCCCAACUCAGCCAUGGUGGUGGCUGUGGAGCCCCACGAGCCAGGGACAUGGUGGGUCACGACCCAGAGCAGCGGCCGCCACUCUCUGAGGAUCACAGGCAUCAGCAACAUCAAUUUCCAAGCCAGCUUCUCCACCCAGCCGGACUUUGAUGCCAGCCAGCCUGGAGAGCGCCCGGUGCAGGGUCUUCCCAUCUCCGUGCUGGUGAACUGCUCCGGCCUGAAGCCACCGGGGCACUUACAGGAGAUUGAGCUCUUCAACACCUCCGGCCAUGCCCUGCUCUCGCUGCCCAUGCGGCCCCUCUCCAACACCUCCUCGGGGCAGGUCUGGGUGGCCUCACCGCUCCUUGUCCCCAUGGGUGACUUCCUGCUGAAGGUGAAGGGUGAGGAUGCUGAGGGCCACCCCCUGCAUCGCCUCUCCGGGGUCACCUACACCAGUGUGGUUGCUGGUCUACCCAAAGUGAACAUCUCCAGCAAGAUCCAGGCUUACAACCGUGAGCCGCAGCUGAUCUCCUGCUCCGCAUGGAGCGAGGUCCCUUUCCGCCUGCAGCUCAGCCGCGGGAGGACCAGGCUUGGGGAAGAGCAGCUCUUCUGGAAUGUGGGGAACAUCAGCUGGUUGAUCCCUGCGGUGUCCAAGAGCGAUGAAGGGUUUUAUGAGUGCACAGCCAAGAGCAAGGUUGGGGUGACGCGGGCUCGUGCCUACAUCUCUGUCUCAGAGCCACCACCGCGUCUCAUAGCUCCGGCCAACAUCACCGCAUCCCCGGGCCAAGACGUGGUCAUGUCCUGCCCGGUCCUGGGUGACAUGCCCUACAACCUGACGUGGAGCUGGGAUGGGAAGGAGGCACAGCCAGGGGAUGGGCGGACCCGGAUGCUGCAGAACCGCUCGCUGGAGAUCAGCCACGUGCGGCUAGGGGAUGGGGGCCAGUACGAGUGCAUGGCACAGAGCGCCCAUGGCACGGCCACUGCUUCCCUCUGGCUCUUCAUCGAGGAGGCUCCGUGGGUGAUGGUCGACGCCAGCCCCCAGCGCUUUGGCAGGGGCCAGGAGCUGCGGCUGAACUGCACGGCCGGGGGCCACCCCCUGCCCCGCACCGCAUGGAAGCGCUGGGGAUGGGCGCUGGAGCAGGGCGAGAGGGUUUUCACGGAUGCUCAGGGUACCCUGCACAUCAGGGCCGCUAUCCCAGAGGAUGCAGGGAAUUACAGCUGCUACGCCAGCAGCGCGCUGGGCUGGGAUGAGCAAGUCAUCACCCUGGAGUUCACCGAGCCUCCUGUCAUCCUGGCACUGACACCCAGCCUGAAGGCACUGGUUGGAGAAGACGUGACGCUGGAGUGCUGGGUUUUUGGGGUCCCCCCACCCUACAUCGCAUGGUACAAAGGCGAGCAGGCGGUGGCCACGUUCCCCCCCGGCACGCAGCGCGCGGUCCUGCGGCUGCAGGCGGUGCGGGAGGAGGAUGCGGGGCGAUACGGCUGCGAGGGGCUCAGCGAGGCUGGCGUUGCCUUUGACAGCACCGUGCUGGAUGUGGGGUCUGCCCCUCACUUUCCCGAGCCCCUGGGGGACGUGGUGGUGGAGGCUGGGGAGCCCCUGCGCCUGCUGUGCCGUGCCGAGGGCUCCCCAGCACCGCGGGUCUCCUGGUCCCGGCAGGAUGGGAAACCAGUGCCCGGCUGGCACGAGCCUCAUGGUGUGUCCAGCCAGCUGGAGGCUGCCGAGCUCCUCAUGGACAGCGCCUCGCUGGAUGACCAAGCCAUCUACAUCUGCAAAGCCCAGAAUGAGUUUGGGAAGAUCCAAGCGGAGAUCAAGCUCACGGUCACCGGUCACGCCCCAGAAAUAGCUCUUGCAUCCCCCAUGGUCCGAGUGCUCCUAGGCCAGCCCGUGUCACUGCCGUGUGUGAUCCUGGCUGGGAGGCCAUUCCCGGCCCGACGCUGGCUGAAGGAUGGGCAGCCGGUAGCCCCAGGUGGACGGUACUCCAUCAGGGCUGAUGGAAGCCUGCACAUGGACCAGGCAUCGCAAGGGGAUGCAGGCAGGUAUACCUGUGAGGUGACCAAUGCCCUCGGCUCGCACAGGCAGGACGUGUCCCUGGUCAUCCACGUUCCUCCUAGCAUUGAGCUUGGCCCUGUCCUCAUCACUGCCACUGAGGGAGCAGCCAUCACCCUGCAGUGCAAUGCCACCGGUGUGCCCCCCCCUACUGUCACCUGGACAAAGGGCACAGAGCCCAUUUCACUGAGCUCACGCUACCACCUUGACCCCAAUGGGACCCUCCUGAUCCCUUCAUCAUCCCCUGAGGAUGCUGGGACCUACUUCUGCACAGCUACCAAUGCAGCAGGCUUCUCCAGCCGGGAGAUGCAGCUCUCCAUCAGCACAAAGCCCAGGAUCAGCGUGAACGGAUCACAGGCAUCGGAUCCCAUAACCAUCCUGGCUGUGCUUGGGCAGGAGAUCACCCUGCCCUGCGAGGUUCAGGGCUAUCCCCCUCCCUUGGUGGUGUGGACCCGGGAGUCCCAACCGUUGCCUCUUGCCACCACGAGCUACAGCAUCCUCCCUUCGGGGUCCCUUCGUCUGGCAGAGCCCCGGGUGAUGGACGCAGGCCUCUACACGUGCACGGCCACGAAUGCCGCAGGGAACGCCUCUCUCAGCUACAGCCUGCGCAUCCAAGUUCCCCCCCAGAUGCUGAUCGGUGAUGGGGAAAGCCUCCUGACGGCUGUCACCAAUGACUCCCUGAGGAUCCACUGUCGUGCCAUGGGCAUCCCCCCACCCCGGAUCCAAUGGCUGAAGGAUGGGUACCCGCUGCACGAGCGGGAUGGUGUGGUGGUCUCUGAGGAUGGUGGGACUCUGCUGAUCACCCGUGUGGGGCUUGAUCAUGAAGGGCUUUAUGUCUGCCAGGGAAGCAACCAGGCAGGGGUGGCAGAGGCGGAGGUGCAGGUUUUGGUGCAAGUGGCUCCGAGCAUCGAACCCAGCGCCGUGGACCUGGUCAUCCUGGAGAACAGCACGGUGUCCCUGCAGUGCCUGGCCUCGGGGCUGCCUGCUCCUGACAUCACCUGGUACAAGGAGGAUGAGCAGCUCUAUGAAGGACCAGGCAUGAUGGUGUCCAGGGAUGGGAAGCACCUGGAGAUCCAGCGUGCCCAGCUCUCCGACACCGGCGGCUACCGCUGCGUGGCCUCCAAUGUGGCCGGGGUCACUGAGCUCUGGUACAGGCUGCAGGUGACCGUGCCCCCACGGAUCAGAACUGGCCCAAGGUCCCUCAGGGUGCUGGUGACAGAGCCGGUGACACUGGAGUGUGAUGCCACGGGGACCCCAGCUCCGGUGCUGCUGUGGCUGAAGGAUGGCAACCCGGUACCCAACGAAGUGGCAGGUGGCCCACAGAUCCUCUCCGAUGGGCACGUGCUGUCCCUGCCCACUGCUCGCCUCCAGGACUCGGGGACGUACACGUGUGUAGCCAGCAGUGCUGUGGGGGAAGACAGACACGAGGCUACCCUCGAGGUACAGUUGCCUCCCACCACGCUGGGUGAGGAGGAGAACAUCUCUGUCAUCGUCAACCAGACGGUGACCCUGGAGUGCUCGGCUCCAAGUCCCAGUGCUCAGGGGUCCCACUGGCUGAAGGAUGGGAAUGUGCUCACACCAAAGCCAGGCAUGCAGCUCUCUGCGGAAGGAACCGUGCUCCAGAUCGAGCGAGCCAGUGUGCAGGAUGUGGGCAGGUACACAUGCCGGGAGAGACACUACAAUCUCCAUGUGUGGGUGCCCCCAUCCUUCUCCUCACUGGAGCCCACCACCGUGUCCGUGCUGGAGGGACAGUCCGUCAGGCUGGCCUGCGAGUGCCAUGGGAUCCCCUUCCCCACCCUGAGCUGGUGGAAGGACGGUGAGCCCCUCUCCACCCAUCCCGGGAGCCCGAAGCUGGUGUCCACAGGAGGGACCGUGGUGUACCUGGAGAAGGUGCUGCUGGAGGACAAGGGGACGUAUACCUGCGAGUGCAGCAAUGCUGCCGGCAGCAGCAGCAGGGAGCAUCACCUGGAGGUGCACGCCCCUCCGAGGAUCCUGGGCAGCAGCAAAGCCGUGAGGAAGGUUUCUGUCAUCAAGGCUGGCGAGGUGGUUUUGGAGUGCGAGGCCAUGGGGACCCCGACACCCACAGUGACGUGGGUGAAGGACGGGCACCCCGUGGCCGGAGGGGACGGGGUCCUGCUUACGGAGCAAGGGAAGCAGCUCCGCAUCCUCAAGGCAGAGGUGGCCCAUGCAGGACGCUACACUUGCCUGGUGGCAAACACAGUGGGGCAGGAGCAGAGGGAGUUUGAUGUUGCAGUGCAUGUUCCUCCUGAGUUCAUUCAAGGAUCAACAACCAAUAUCAGUGUCUCUCUGCAAGGAUCCCUGACACUGACCUGCGAGGCCACCGGCAUUCCCUUGCCCACAGUCACCUGGUCCAGGGAUGGGUCUCCCAUCACUCCCAGCGAGCACACACACGUGCUUUCAGGGGGCUGGCUGCUGAGGCUCAGCCAUGCCCGAGCGCAGGAUGGUGGCCACUAUUCCUGCCUGGCCAGCAACGUAGCUGGGGAGGCCAGGAGGCAUUUCUACGUGGAGGUCCUAGUUCCUCCCCACAUCGAGAACGUGGGUGAAGAAGAGAUCAUCAAAGUGCAUGAGGGUCACCCCAUCACCUGGUCCUGCCUGGCUGCGGGCAACCCCCAGCCCCAGAUCACCUGGCUGAAAGACGGCCACGCUCUGCCCAGUGGGGACACCUCCAUAUCUCCUGAUGGCUCCAUGCUCCACAUCCCCCGAGCCUCCCUGUCUGAUGCUGGCCGCUACUCCUGCUCUGUGGCAAAUCAAACCAAGCACUACCUGCUACAUGUUUUGGCCAGUCCUACCUUUGCUGGAGAUGCCCACAGCGCUGCUGCUGCAGAAGAAGUCACGGUGAUCAUCAACAACCCCAUCUCCCUGGUCUGCGAGGCUCUGGAAUACCCAUCUCCCAGUAUCACCUGGCUAAAGGAUGAGGUUCCCCUCAAAGCAUCUAGAAACAUCCUCCUGCUCCCUGGUGGCCACGGGCUGCAGAUCCUGAAUGCACAAGAAGAGGAUGCAGGCACAUACAGCUGCAUUGUGGCCAAUGGAGACGGGGAGGCCAUGAAGAACUACUCUGUGAAGGUCCUGGUUCCUCCCUGGAUUGCUGGAGAUGAGCCUUCAGGGGAAUAUGCUGUGAAGGAGGUGAAAGCCAGGGUCAACAGCACAGUGAUGCUGGAGUGUGAGACCUGGGCUGUGCCCGAGCCCAUCAUCCACUGGUACAAGGACAAGCAGCUCCUGGAAAGCGAUGGCCACCUCCAGAUCCUCAGCGAGGGGCAGGUCCUUCAGAUCAAACCAGCCAGUGUCUCAGAUUCGGGGCAUUACAGCUGCGUGGCCACCAAUGCUGUGGGUGAAGAUGCCAAGGACUUCAUCGUGCAUGUCCAAGUGCCACCCUUCUUCCAGCAGCAGACAAGCUCCAGUGAAGCACUUGAGGUCUUCUACCGGGAGGAAGACCAGGAUGGGGAGGUGACGGAGCACCGGCAAGCUGUCCUCAACCAGCCCACCGCCCUGUACUGCGACACCAACGCCAUUCCACCGCCCCAGCUCACCUGGUACAAGGAUGGGGAGCCCCUCUCCCCUGGCCAGGGUGUGCGGAUGCUGUUAGGGGGCCGGGUGCUGGAGCUGCCGGCAGUGAGGGAGGAGGAUGCAGGCAGGUACACGUGUGAGGCAGCCGGUGCAGCGGGACGGGGCCGCCUGCACUAUGAGCUGGAGGUGCUGACCGCCCCGGCCUUCCGCGGUGCCACGGAGGACUUGGCUGAGGAGGUGACGGCCACCAUCAAUGGCACCGUCCGCUUCAGGUGCGAGGCCACUGGGCACCCGGUGCCUGCGGUGUCCUGGCUCUGGAAUGAUGUCCCUGUUGUGGCUGGCCCACGGCAUCAGCUCCUGGAGGGCGGCACAGUGCUGCAGGUGGCUGCAGUGGAGGUGGGUGACAUGGGCAGCUACACGUGCGUGGCCGAGAACCCGGCUGGGUCAGCUGAGAAGCACUUUGCCCUCACUGUGCAGGAAGCUCCCUGGAUUGCGGGCACAAACCCCGAAAGCAUCGAUGGUGUCAUCAACGGCAGCAUCUCGUUGGUGUGCGAUGUCCGGUCCCACCCCACAGCAGAGAUUGCCUGGUACAAGGAUGGCCGCAUCCUGCAGCUCAGUGAGGAGGUGACCCUCACUCCAGGCUCCCGGGUGCUGCAGCUCUCUCGCCUGCAGUCUUCCAGCUCGGGCACAUACACGUGUGUGGCGCUGAAUGUAGCUGGCCAGGAUGAGAAGCGCUUCAUCCUCACUGUGCAUGAGCCCCCUGACAUCCAGGACCCGCAGCAGGAGAUGCUCGAAGCCAACAUGGGGACCUCUCUCAUCCUGACCUGCCAAGUCACCGGUGUGACCGCCCCUGCCAUCACCUGGCUGAAGGAUGGGAGCCCGCUGGACAACAGCCCAGAGCAGGGCCUGGUGCCUGGGGGGAGCCAGCUGCAGCUCAGCCCCCUCCAGCCCUUCCACCAGGGCCGGUACACUUGCCUGGUGCAGGGCACAGGCACUGAGACACGCAAGGACUUCCUGGUGCUGGUGCGAGUGGCACCCCGGAUCACCAGCGCGGGGGUCCCCAGUGAGCACAGCGUGCUGGAGGGCGGAGGGGUGAUGCUGGAGUGCCAGGCAGAGGGGCAGCCCCCGCCCCGGAUCUCCUGGCUGAAGGAUGGGCAGCCCCUGCGGCUGCAGCCCCCUUCCCACGCCCGGAUGUCCCCGGAUGGCAGCUCCCUGCUCCUUGAGGGUCUCCAAGCUGCCGACUCGGGGGCAUACACGUGCCUGGCCCGGAACAGCGCAGGUGAAGACACACAGCUGCACACACUGAGCGUGCUGGUCCCUCCUGCCAUCCAGAGAGGUGCUGAUGACUCAGAGGUGGUCCGGGGUGUCCUGUCUGCAAUGGUGACACUGGAGUGCCAGGCACGGGGGUCCCCUCCACUGCACGUGACCUGGCUGAAGGAUGGGCUGCCCCUGCAGUUGUCCCCCCGUGUCACCCUGUUAUCAGCUGGGCAUGUUCUCCGGAUCUCCAAGGCACAGGUCUCUGACGCCGGGCUCUACACCUGCAUUGCUUCCAGCCGGGCAGGGGUGGCCGAUCGCAGCUUCGUCCUGCAGAUACGGGUGCCUCCCGUCCUGGAGAGCCCGGACAGCAGUGAGGAACAGAUGGUGGCCGAGGGCUCCGAUGUCACCUUCACCUGCGAUGCCACCGGGUCCCCAGCACCGGCAGUGACCUGGCUGAAGGAUGGAGAGCCCCUGCCAUGGCAGAGCACCGGGGAGCGCGGCACCCCACGGCUGAGCCUGGGGGCUGUGGGGCCGGCUGAUGCUGGGGUGUACUCCUGCCUGGCUGCAAACGAGGUGGGGGAGGCCAGCAAAGCCUUCCACCUGCUGGUGAUGGAGCCACCCCGCAUCAAGGCUGCGUCCCAGCCCACCGAGAUGGCCAUCACUGUGGGCACCCCGCUAGAGCUGACGUGCGUGGUGACGGGGGUCCCCGUGCCCACUGUCACCUGGGAGAAGGAUGGACGGCUGCUGGCAGGGCCCUGGCUUGUGUUGGGGAAUGAGAGCACCCUCCACAUCGAGAGCACGAAGGUGGCUGAUGCUGGUCUGUACACCUGCCUGGCGACCAGUCCUGCUGGGGAGGACAGCAGGAGCUUCCACAUCACCAUCCAAGCACCUCUCAGCAUGGCGAGCAUCGGAGAGACCCCCAGCAUCACUGCUAUGGUGGGCGGGCAGCUCAUCCUGGAGUGCCCAAAGGAUGCUGUGCCGUCCCCACACAUCGAGUGGCACCGGGAGGGCUCCCCGCUGCAGGAGGAUUCCCACAGGCGCAUCCUGGCCGAGGGACGCUUCCUGCAGAUCCAGGCUGUGGUGGCAGCGGAUGGUGGGGAAUACAGCUGUAGGGACACCAAUGCACCGGGGGGCACCAGCCGGAGCAUCCACAUGGAGGUCCAUGUGGCCCCGGAGAUCCAGGCGGGCCCCGGGGAGGUGAGAGCACUGCUCAAUGGCUCUGCCGUGCUGCCGUGCCGGGCGCAGGGGUGGCCCGGGCCCCGAGUGACGUGGCGGAGGGAUGGACGGCUCCUGCCCCUCCGCGGGAGCAGCAGGCUGCAGCUCCUGCCAGGAGGCUCCCUGCAGAUUAACCCUGUUCAGGUCCAGGAUUCAGGCUAUUACCUCUGCAUGGCAUCCAGCCCUGCCGGCUCCGACUGGCGAGGCCUGGACCUCCACAUCCUGGUCCCUCCUGCCAUCAGCCCCGGGCCCUCCAACCUCACCCUGCUGGCUCAGCAGCCGGCCACACUGGGCUGUGAUGCCUGGGGAUCCCCUGAGCCCCACAUCAGAUGGGAGAAGGAUGGACACCCCCUGAACCCACACCUCCCGCCUGGCGCCUACAGCUUGCAGUCAUCUGGGUCACUGCUCAUCACCAGCCCUGGUCCCCGGGAUGAGGGGUGGUUCGAGUGCAUCGCUACCAAUGCUGCUGGAGAGGCACGCAAGGCCUUCAGUGUGUCCGUCCAUGUGCCUCCCACCAUUGCCGAUGACCUUACAGACGUGGUGGUCACCCGGCUGUCCCCUGCUGUCCUUACCUGCUACAGCUCCGGUGUGCCCCCCCCUGCAGUGUCAUGGAGCAAGGAGGGGGCUCGUCUGGGCAGCCGUGGAGGGGGGUACCGCAUCCUGCCCACAGGGGCCCUGGAGAUCAGGCAGGCGCUGCCCGCACACGCUGGUCACUACACAUGCACUGCGAGGAGCGCUGCUGGCACGGCCCGAAAGCACCUCCGGCUCACGGUGCAUGACCCCCCUGCCUUGAAGCCCCUGCCUGCCAUGGUGAUGGUGAUGAUCAACACCAGCACGGUGCUGUCCUGCGAGGCGACAGGCAUCCCCCAGCCGGAGGUCACCUGGCUGAAGGAUGGUGUUGGCAUUGCCGGAGGGCCUGGGCUGAAGGUGCUCCCCAACGGGCAGCUCCAUCUCCUGCAAGCCUCCCCAAGGGAUGCAGGCACCUACCUGUGCGUGGCUCGCAACCCCUCAGGCACUGCUGCGGGGAGGACCAGGCUGAUUGUGCAAGUGCCCCCCGUCAUUGCCGCUGGCCCGGUGGAGCUGGCUGUGCUGGAGGGGCUGGAGGUGCUGCUGCCCUGUGCUGCCCGUGGUGUUCCUGAGCCCCGCGUGUCCUGGAGCCGGGAUGGAGCCCCAGUGCGGGGCGGUGGGGGGAAGGCCACUGUCCUGCCCUCCGGGGACCUACUGCUCCGGGAUGUCCAGGAAGGGGAUGCCGGGAGCUACUCCUGCACCGCGGUGAACUCGGCCGGGAGCGCUGCUCGCCGGCUCUCCCUCUCCAUCCACACCCUGCCCACCUUCACCCGCCUGCCCCAGGACGUCACCCUGAGCCGGGGCGAGCGGCUGGAGCUGGUCUGUGCCGCCACGGGCAGCCCCCAGCCCCGAGUAUCCUGGAUGUCCAACGGGCAGCUCAUCACCGAUGGCGUGUCGGGGCAGAGUGGAUGGAGCACCCUGAGACGGGAGGCAGCCACGCGUGCCAACAGCGGGACCUACAUCUGCCAUGCAGAGAACAAAGCUGGUGCCAUCAGGGCCACCGCCUUUGUCUCCAUCAGAGAGGCACCCAUCAUACUGGGGGACCCCAGCACCUACCAGGUGGAGCAUCCCGGGGAUGAUGUCCUUCUCCAUUGCAACGCCCAGGGCCACCCCCUGCCCCUUGUCCGCUGGAGCAAGGAUGGGGUGCCGGUGGUGGCUGGUGGGCGCCUGCGUCUGCUGCACAAUGGCUCCUUGGCCAUCCAAGCCGUGAGGAGCACCGACGAGGGUCACUACCGGUGUGUGGCAGAGAAUGAUGCAGGCACAGCGGCAAAGGUGAUCACCGUGGCCCUACAGAGUGCCCCCGUGGUGGUGGUGAUGCCGCGGGUGGUGGUGGUGCGAGCCGGGCAGCGGGUGCUGCUGCACUGUGUCGUGUCUGGGGAGCCCACCCCGUCUGUGGAGUGGCAGCGCGAUGGGGAGCCAUUGCCCGAGGGUCCCCGUGCCCGCAUCCUGCCCAAUGCCACGCUGCUGCUGCCCGCUGCUGCCCGCCCCGAUGCGGGCAGAUACUCCUGCCUCGCUCGCAACGCCCUGGGGGCUGCUGUGGCCCAUGCCUCCCUGGCUGUGCAAGAGGAGCCGCGCCGGGUGCGGGGCAGCCUGGCCGGGGCCAUCAACACCCAUGAGCUCGGUGCCACCACCCUUGAUGCCCGUGUGCUGGAGGACCCGCGGUCCGGCACCACCGCCAUCCGGAGCAGCAUCGGCAGCAUCCCCCCCGCUGCAGGGCCACUGAUGCGGGUGCUGGUCGCUGUCAUCGCCCCCAUUUACUGGUCCUUGGUGCACACCAGCAGUGAGGCCCGGAAUGGGUUCCUGCUCACCCGGGGCACAUUCCAUCAGGAAUCUCAGCUGCAGUUUGGCACAGGAGAGCUCCUGCGGGUCACCCACCUCUCCCGGGGCACGGAUGCUGCUGGUGCUCUGCUGCUGGACACCGUGAUCAGCGGCUCCGUGCCCGAGAGCAUCGGUGAUGCCACGGUGCUGCUGCAGGACUUCAAUGAGCGCUAUGUGCAGACGGGCACAGGGCGGCUCUCGGGGGGCUCAGUGCAGAGAUUCCUGCGGGAUGGGCACAUCAUCCGUGCCCGCUGCAACCACACCAUCGUGUAUGACCCCCCCGUGGGCCUGCAGCAUCCCCGGGUGCAGCAUGUCCGGGCCAGCUCCAUCAAAACCUCUUAUGACCCAGCCUCAGAGCAGCUCCGCUUCCAGCUCCGUGCCUCGCUUGAUGCUGCUGAUGGAGACCAGUGCCCACUGGGAUUCAUCCUGGGCCCUGGGCAGCUGCACUGCAUUGAUAUCGAUGAAUGUGCCAUGGGGUCCCAUGCCUGCCGGUACAACCAGCUCUGCCAGAACACUGCAGGGACCUACCGCUGCGUCUGCCCUCCCGGCUACCACUCGCUGGGCACUGGCUGGCCAUGCCUGGACAUAAACGAGUGCCUGCAGGUUCCUCCACCGUGUGCCUUCGAGUGCCGCAACCUGCGGGGCUCCUACGAGUGCCUGUGUCCCUCCGGCAGGACCCUGCUGCCGGAUGGGGACUGUGGGGCAGCAGAGCUGGAUGGAGGGGACACAACGGACAGCACCCACCGGGACACCCCCGUGGGCAGGCUGGGGCCAAGCAGCCCCUGGGGAGGGUCCUUACGCACCCAGCUUGCCCUUCGCCGGGUGGCAAAGGAUGUGGGGCUGGGUGCCCGGGGUCCUCCGUGCCCCAUGGGCUUCAUCAGGAGGAAUGGCACCUGCACUGACCUUGAUGAGUGCCAGAUGCUGAGGCAGUGCCAGCACGACUGCAGGAACACCCCGGGCAGCUACCGCUGCGUCUGCCCCGCUGGGUACCGGCUGCUGCCCAAUGGGAAGAGCUGCCAUGAUGUGGAUGAGUGUGCAGAGGGCACUAUGCAGUGCGGCUCGGACCAGAUGUGCUUCAACACCCGUGGAGGUGCCCAGUGUGCUGAUGUGCCGUGCCCAGCUGGGUACCGGAGAGGCUCCAGCCCUGGGCUGUGUGUGGGUCUCUGCACCCCAGACUGCGGCUCUGCUGGUCCCCCCACGCUGCGGUACGAGCUGCUCACCCUGCCCCUCGGCAUCGCUGCCGGCCGGGCCGUGGUGCACCUCACCCAGGCCAAUGCCCUUCCCCGCCAUCCCCUCUUCACGCUGCUGGAGCGGGAGCCGGGCAGCCCCUUCGCCCUCCGCACCGAGCACGGCCGUGGCAUCGUCUUCACCCUGCGCCCGCUGCGGGACCCCGGCACGCACCGCCUCAAGGUGCAGGCGCUGGCCCCGGGCAGGCAGCGGGCGCCCAGCAUCUUCAUCCUCAUCAUCUCCGUCUCGCCCUACCCCUACUGACACCGCCGAGGGACAGGAGGGGAGGUGGGGUCUUAUCUCCUCCUGUCCCUCCCCACCCGGCUCAGGGAGCGCUGAGCUUGCGCCUUUCCUCUCCAUCCAGACCCCUCGGUUGCCUUCACCCUUGGCUGGUCCCUGACUCAGCAGGGCCCUGGGGGGGACGAGGUGCUCCUACAGCCUCUUGCAGUCGGGGUUUGUCGCAACCCUCAGCCCAGAGCAAACACACCCGGGAGUGGCCUUGGCCAUUAUCAGUCCUUGGAUAGGGGAUGAGCUGGGUGACAGGGGUCAGUGAGGGUCCC